AUGUCCUUUCUUCCGCCCCUCGACUCCGUACUACCAUCGUGGACUUCGCGAGUAUCAGUCCGCUCUGUCCUACUCGGCGUUUUACUUGGGUUUUCACUUUCGGUCACCUCGACAUCACUUGCUCUCUACUUCCAACAAAAACGACGGGAACGUGUGGCAGCGAAGUUCACCCCUCGACCCAUUGAGUUAAGAAGCGACGAGGUAGUGGCUGGAGUGACGGGACUAAUAGGAAACACACCUUUGGUCAGGAUUAACUCCCUGAGUGAUGCCCUGGGGGUUGAGAUCCUCGGGAAAGCAGAGUUCUUGAACCCAGGAGGAAGCGUCAAAGACCGAGUCGCACUGCGAAUGAUCGAAGACGCGGAACGUUCGGGGUACCUUCGACCAUACACAGGUUCACGGAUAUUUGAAGGAACUGUGGGCUCAACGGGCAUUUCUAUAGCUACAAUCGCUCGUGCAAGAGGAUAUGAUACGACUAUCAUCAUGCCCGAUGACGUCGCUGAAGAAAAAGUCAAGGCACUUCACGCUCUUGGAGCUGAGGUCCAGAGAGUUCGCCCCGCGAGCAUCGUUGACAAGAAGCAGUUUGUGAACAUAGCCCGACAACGCGCAGCCAAGUUUGGACAGCAGGACGAAAUCGACGGUAGUUCACCCCCACACACUCCAGUCCCCAUCAGCCUCUGUGCUCGUCACAACAACUUCCCUCAAGAUUUCUUGGCUAAGCCUAGAGGUUAUUUUGCGGACCAGUUCGAGAAUAAGAGCAAUUUUGAUGCCCAUUUUUUCGGGACCGGACCUGAGAUAUGGAGACAAACAAACGGGCGUGUUGACGCCUUUAUUUCGGGAGCUGGGGUAGGUCAAUACCUCAAAUCGGCCAAUGAGAACGUUCGAGUUGCCGUCGCCGAUCCAGAAGGAAGCGGCCUCUAUAAUAAAGUGGUUAAACAUGGAGUGAUGUUCGACCGGAAAGAAAGUGAAGGGACAAAAAGAAGGCAUCAAGUCGAUACUGUGGUGGAGGGCAUUGGUAUCAACCGCCUUACAAACAACCUCGAAUUAGCACUUCCCAUCCUUGACGAUGCCUUCCGAAUAACCGAUGCCGAGGCUGUCUCCAUGUCUCGCUACCUCGUCAAAAACGAUGGCUUAUUCUUAGGCUCGAGCAGCGCAUGCAAUCUUGUUGCUUGUAUAAAGCUCGUGAAGAAAAUGGGUUGGAAAGACGGAAAGACCGUCGUCACCAUUCUUUGUGACUCAGGGAAUAGACAUUACUCAAAGGUAAGGAAUGACGAGUACCUACACAAAGCGGGCAUCCCCGUGGAUCUACAAAUAGUGGAAGAUCUGCUGCGGCCUGAGAGUCCCGUCUAG